AUGGCUGACAAGUCAGUAGGCACGAUAAAGGUGAAAUUUAACGGUCAGUUGCUUCAAUUGGAUGGUUUUUCAAAGGAAUCACCCAUAGGAUCUCUCAAAGAGAAACUUUAUGAAUUAACUAAUGUUCCUCCUAAGAAUCAGAAGCUUUUAGGCUUGGUUGUUGAGAGAGGUCAGAUACUCUCCGAUGAGCUUCCUCUUAAGUACUUGGUCCUCAAACCAACAACCAAAUUGAUGUUAAUGGGUAGCACAGAUGAGGAAAGAAACAAAGUUAUCGAACUGUCAAAUAUUGAGCCUCCAGAUGUUAUUGAUGAUUACGAUUUUACAGAGGAGGACUUAGCAGUGUUUAUGAGGCCAGAAAAUCUGGAAAAACUUGCCAAACGGUGUAAUACGUACAAAUUCGUUAAAAUAGCCGAAUUCAGACUUGGUAAACGCCUCCUUGUUCUUGACAUCGACUACACAAUUUUUGAUCACCUAACACCGGCCGAAUCUGUGAAGCACUUGAUGCGACCCUAUCUCAUACCCUUCCUCACGAGAGCCUAUGAAUUCUAUGACAUAGCUAUCUGGUCGGCCACUAGCAUGACAUGGAUCCUGGCCAAAAUAAGUCAAAUGGACCUGAUAUCACAGACUAUUGUGAACAGGGUUCGUCAAAGACGGGUGGAUGCUGAUAACGAGGAUCCAAAUUUUGUUCCCAAUCUGGGUGCAGAUCUCGAGGAUAUGGAUCGGCCCUUUAAAAUUUGUCUGCUGGUUGAUUCUGGAGCCAUGAUUAGUGUCAACCUCCCUGAUCAUGGUGUCAAAGGUGUGAAGCCUUUGGCCGUAAUAUGGCGGAAAUUUCCUCAAUUCGGUCCGCACAACACUAUAAUGUUUGACGAUGUUCGUCGGAAUUUUGCCAUGAAUCCCGGUUCCGGCCUUCGAAUUCAUUCAUAUCGUGACGCAAAUGUGAACUAUGCCGAGGAUAGGGAGUUAGAACACCUCGCGGACUACUUGGAGUUGAUCGCCCUGCGUGAAACUGACUUCCAACGGCUGAACCACGAUAAAUGGAGUCACUACGUGGAGAAGCAUCAGCGUUACCUCUCCAAUCACCAGAAACGAACCUCAGACGAAGCCACUGAGGGGAACUGCGAGGGCCAGGACCAGAAGCGUCCCUCCCUCUCCUAA